AUGGCCGAUUACUUCGAGGAUAUGGGACAUGAACCCACUGGAGCCGAGGGUCCUAAUGAUUUUGCCAAGCACUACAAGCGCCUACAAGUUUUGGCCAUUAUGAACGGCAUUGAUAUGGAAAUCGAGGUGCCCGAGGCAUCUAAGCGCGCUAUCGCUGCGCUGCCUGAGCAUGUUAUUGUCGAGACAGAUGUGAAGCAGGAGCUGGAAUGCGCCGUUUGCAAGCAGCCGGCGGAAAUCGAUGAGAAAUAUAAGGUUUUGCCAUGCAAGCAUGAGUUUCACGAGGAAUGUGUGCUGCUGUGGUUGAAAAAGGCGAACUCGUGUCCAAUGUGCCGCUAUGAGUUGGAAACAGAUGACCCAGUGUACGAAGAGUUGCGCGAAUUUCGCCAAGACGAGUCUAACCGCCGCCAACGUCAAAAUUAUAUGAUGGAUUCGAUGUUUUCUUGAAUAAAAUCAUUAUAAAUUCUUUAAUAGGUGGUGGGGAACGGUAUUAGCUGCAAUUUUUUCUUAAAUGCAUAAAUAAAUUUUAUUUGAAUGCCAUAAA